AGUUGUCACUUUGCUGACGUUGUUAACGGAGGGAAACCUUGUAGUUACAGAUCAAAGUGUGCGGGCAGAGCAGUGGUUUGGGCCUCAGCAUCGCUGGUGGGAAAGGUUCCCUACCCUACAGAGAACACGAUGAGGUAGGCACUAGUUCAGCUUAGCCACCAAAAGGCUUAAGGUGCGAAAGCUAAGACCAUAUUCCACUGUGAUAAUCACUUUUUGGCCGAAUUUAUUUUUAGGUUGACGUGGAUUAUUUUUUUGUUUCAGGGCAUCUUCAUCUCGAAGGUUUCCGAAGGAGGUCCUUCCGAUAAGGCAGGGGUCCUUGUUGGAGACAGAUUGCUGGAGGUUAACGGACUUGACAUUCAGGGGAUGGCCCACCACGAAGCCGUGAGUGCCCUCAGGCACGCGGGAAGUUGCAUUAAGAUGAAAGUGCUGAGGGAGAAGGGGCUGCCAAUCCAGGUUUGUGUCCAGGACAACCCAGCUGCCCGGGAGACGGGUGUAAAGUUGAGUCCAGAGCGAUUCCACCACGAGGAGGUGGGAUGCCAGACUCCGAAGGGCGUGCACACGCCCGGGAGGGUCGAUAGUGUGUCCUGUAAUGGAAACUUAGAUCUGGAGAUGGAACCGAGCUGGAAGUUAUUCCGACAGGAGCCAGACGCACGGACGAUAACAAACCCCUUUGAAGGGGAGAAAGGCACCAUGACGAUCCCUCGGAUUAUCCUGACACAUCCGUCCACCUCGGACGAUGACGUGGACACCUCGUCUCAGGGGGCUGAAGGAGAGCUGUUGCUAGCCGACCCUGCUUCGGCUGACGUUCACGUCCAGUCUGGUACCUCGAAGAGCCCUCACUACCCGCCGUGACCUCAGCGCUUCUCGACGCUCACACUGGACGUUGUGUGACCUCUAAUGAUGCUCUCCCCUGUAAAAAAAAAAAAGCACUGCUGCGGUGAAGUGUAUCAAAGUGCCAUUAGCAUUCGGUAUCUUUCAGCUCUUAUCACCGUUUUGUCAGUUUGAGGUCACUGCGUGGGAUUUUCCAGACGCCAUUUUGCUAUUAUUACUAGUGUCUGAAGUGUCUGAAGCUAUAUUUGUAGAGACACAUUAAAUGUCGUCCGAGGCCGACUUCCUAUACAAAUACUUGCUUGCUUGCUUACUUGAAGCAUGCAGAAAUGCUCUGCAGGGUAAUGAAGAAUUUAACCGAAGAAAUGUAAACACCACCAACAGCAGUGAGAAUGUGGUAAGAUAGUAAGUAUUCAUCCAUACAACUCAUCCAAAAACCACAGAAAAGGGAAAUUUCCAUCGGAUCCAGUACUGUAUUGUCUGAUUGAUGAACGCCAACUACCUCGUGUUUAAAGAGAUAUGAUGUAACUUUGCACACUAGCGCCCCCCCACGGCCACCAGAGACGGUGACAUUUCCGAUAACGGAAGAGCAACAGAAACUCAAAACAACAUACGAAGCCUAUCGCAAAUUUGUCUUCAAGCCAGGUAAUAGUGAGAAUUAUUGCGUCACGAAAAAUAAUGAAUUGAUUUUUCACUAUAUUAAAUGUUUUAUUUGACAUUCUCUCGGUCGGCACAGACCAAACUGAAUUGUAGUGUACGAUUUACUGCACCAUAGCAAAACCAAAUGUAAGAAAAAGGAAAGAAAGAGUGCAGUGUAAGGUCCACAGUGGAUAUAAGCCGCCAUAAAUGUGCUGCUGCCUCCCGAUUGUACCAGCGUCGGGCCAUUGACAGAGUGAGCCCUCAGAAAUGUCAUACAUCUUUAUAAAGCCCGCACAUGAAAAGCCAUGGGCCUGAUCUUCAUGUGUAGCAGUCGGCAGGGUUCAGGGGUCACAACUUAAGACACCCCUCGUUGUCUUAUCUGUUAGGACCAGUCGAAAAUAUUAUUUUAGCGAUUGAGUUUAGAAAAUGUCACCAACCCAUCAACCCAAGAUAUAGAACCCAGCUCAUUUUGUAUCGUCUUAUGUUAUUCAAUGUUUUCCAUCCUUAUUUUCUGUCUUUUCUUUUCUUUUUUUUUUAAAUGAAUCGAGUUUUCCUCACAGCGGCAAUAAUACCAUUGGACUAUUAAACAUUCCUUAAUUAUUAACUCAGAAGAAUGCUUGUUUAUGAGUUCUUGAAAGUGAUUUGGGUUGGGUUAUGAUUCCAGGGCCCUACUGAAACCACGUCAUUCAACAGAUUGUUAUGCACAGUAUGCUUCAUCUGGGGUCUGGUCUUACUGGACACAUAAUAAUUAAACACUUUAAUAAGCCUAUCUAUUCUUAGCAAGAGAAGGAUUUAACUAAUAGGGUUAUCUGGGCCACAACACACACACAAACCAACACAAAAAUCAAUCUUCAUUUCCUCUUUUUCAGAGGUUUAGAAAAAAUCUUCUACAAUUACCUUUUCAACUAAUUCCAUUUGUUCAUAAGGGACACCUGUCAAACUGGGAAGCUAAUUCCCAAGCGGUUUGUUGGGAGAGACUUGAGUGAACUGUAGAGUGGGCGCACGGCUCUCUCUCACGCUCGCUCUCUCGCUCUCGCUCUCCCUCCGCUGUUGUGUGUUUGU